CCAAUUACUCUAUAAUUCAUCCCGAUCAUCGGUUUGUUCGAGUUGGCGUUCUUGUCCGAGGGUCUAGAAUUCAGAUUCUAUAUAUGAGUGCGAACGUAUGAUAUUGACUGGUCGAAAGAUAGGCAGAGCACAUGUAAUGUACUUGAGGAGAGUGCGGCUCUGUACCUGCUAGAAACAUGGUGAGCAUGCUCUUCGUCCUCUUCAUGAGCGGUGGCGUAGCCGCCGAUUCCGAGUUCACGAGCAAUGUGAGGGAUCUCAGAGCGUGGGUGCUAAAUGGAAAUACCAUGUCAGGGAAAGCUGGGGGGGAAUCCGGAAAACACGCACUACUAUGGUUGUUGACUGCAGCUCUGUGGCCGCGAAGAACGUUUCCGAGACCAGCUGUGAAAUUAGUGUUAAUCGUUACUGUCCCCGAGGCCACUUUCUCAACUCCAUUCACCAGACAUUAGUAGAUGAGUCAAAGUUUUAUGAAAUUAGAUUGACCCGAGAGCAAGCGAGGUUGGUGAACAGUAAGUUGUAACGACGUAAUUUACGCC